CUCGUCUGCCUUCUUGCGCCUAGAUUAUGCGAGCGUUUCUCCCUACAAAGGGCAAGCAAAGAAAAGUUUCCCUGCCGUCUGGGUUUUAUUUAUCAGAUGUUUCCAAGUCUGGAAGGGAACUUUUGGCGCGGGGACUUCAACAAAUCAAGGAUGUUAAGGUCAAGCCUAACCUCUGACACAUUUCCUUUCAGCCACUGAAAGGGAAGGUCUGCGGGAGUGAAGAUAUUGUUGUGAUGUGAGCUGUGAAGCAAAGGAGUCGCCUCGACGCCACAUCCCCGCCAUUCAGACUUGGCUGGUGCUCGCGAAUGCCACUGCGGGGAGGCGAGGCAAGAUGCGGGGCCUGGUGCUUGCCUCUCUCGUCCUCCUGCAACCUCUCCCCGUGCCAGGGGGCCCCACUGCCGCCGUGCGCCCCCAGAGCGACCACGCCUGGUGCCACCCUUCGGGGUCCUGCUACAGCGUUCACGUGGGCAGCCUGAGCUUCCCCCGCGCCCAGGACGCUUGCGCGGCGCACGGCGGGCGCCUGAGCACGGCGAGCGGCCGGGUGGAAGUGCAGGCCAUCGUGUCUCUGCUGAGAGGGGUGGCCCGCGGCGGGUCGGGCGCCUCCUUGUUCUGGCUGGGCCUGGUGAGGAAGGCUCAGCAGUGCACCAUGGAGGAGCUGCCGCUGCGGGGUUUCUCCUGGGCCGCUGCCGGAGGACUUGUUGCGGAGGCGAGGAACGAGAGCGCGGCCGAGGGGAGCCUCUCAUGGGUGAAGGAGCCCAGCAAGUCGUGCACCACGCAGAGGUGCGCCGGCCUGCAGGUGACUUGGGGCGAGCCUCGCGCCGCCGAGUCGUGGGGCCUCGCCGAGCACGCCUGCGCCAAGGCCAACGCGGGGUACGUGUGCAAGUACAGCUACGCGGGCGCGUGUCGCGCGCCUGGCGCGGGAAGCCACCUGCACUACGCGCUCCCUUUCCGCCUCCAAAGCGCCGCCGUGGAGUUCGGCCCGCCGGGCACGGUGCUCACCCUGAGGUGCCCCGGGCGGGAGGCGCGCUUCACCUGCCGCCUCUCGCCCGACGGCUACCGCUGGGAAGGCACCGAGCGCGGCCUCUGCUCCUGCCCCAGCGGCUACUGGAGCCCGAGCGAGGGAGCGUGCGUCGAGCUGGCCGACUGCUUCGGCGCCCGGGGCGCCUUCCUGUGCCUGUGCGCCUGGGGCGCUCGCUUGGCGGCCGACGAAAAAGCCUGCGUGCCGCCGGCGGGAACUGAAACGCCGCCGUCUCCUGCACUGUCUCCCUCCCCGAACGGCUCUUCGGACGGCCUGCCUGGCUGGAACGACUCCCUGGCGGCCACCUUGCCCUCCGAGGUGGGCAACAGCAGCAGCGCCCCCGGAGCCGUGUCUUCCAACUACCUCUUCAUCCUGAUCACGGUGGCUGUGGUGACGCUGGUGAUCCUGGUCAUGGCCGCGCUGCAGAUCUUCCAGGCCUGCUUCAGGCUCUGCUGCUCUAAGGGGUCUCAGACCAAGAAGGACGGAGCUCCGGCUACGACGGCCACGACCGCAGAUGGCGACCCCGAGGAUUCGGAUCAUUCCCUGGGGCCCAGCAAGGCAGAGUCUGCCGAGGUUUCUCAGGAUGAACCCAAGUCUGUGGCGGGGCAGGUGGAGCAGGAACAGCCCCGAGGGGACUGAGGCUUUAUUUGAAGGAGGCAAUGGACUUUCAUUCAGAGAAGGCGCUUUUAUUAGGACAGGAAUGGGGAGCCUGUGGCCCUCCAAAGGUUGUUGGACUACAACUCCUAUCAUCCUUAUCCGUUGGCUGCUCUUUCUCAGUUAAAGUGCUAAGUAACUCCACAGUGCUGCAAGAGACAAGUCUCAUUAAGACCUGCCAAGCUGCUUGUAGAACAGUGUAAUCCUAUGCACACUUACUUGGGAGUAAGUCACAUCAACUUCAGUAGAAUUUUCUCCCAGGUGUGCAUGCAAGAUGGCAGCGUAUGGUAACGGUGAAGGCCCUGUGGGACUCCCAAUUGCUGCUCCCCAGCUCCCAUCACCCCUAGCCAAUGGGCAAAGGGAUAUUGGGAGUUAUAGUCCAGCAACACCUAGAUAGCCACAGUUUCCCUAUCCCUGUAAAAGAAGAUUUCUAUGACUUAAAUAGCUUUCCAACAUUAUUUUGAAUCUGGUGUUGUCCUCCGUCCUUACUAGGCUUCUGGGGUGCCAGUACAAUUGUGCAUGUGUGUGUGAUCUAUUUGUGAGACUUAGAAAACAGCCUGAAAUCUUAGUACUGUGUCUCGACUGACUCAUGGAUUGGAUGUAUGAGAACUCAUAAGAGAAGUGUUGGCCAGUGCAUGCUAAAUUUUGUCGCACAAAAGCAUUAUCUGUUCCAGUUUCCUUAAGUGGGAAUUCCAAAAACCUGCAAGGUAUGUCUAGCUUAUACUGGCUCGUUGCUCUGUAUAACAUUGUGGGGUGGAAAUCUGUCAAGAUUUCACUGAGGGUCCAACUCAUUUUCCCACCUUCCAAUUCCUUGAGGUCGCCUUUAGAAGUCAUUGGCCAACUGAGGUGUGGUAGGUUUUGACUGGGGAGAGAGUCUUCUUGGUAGUGGUGUCCAGGUGGUACAGACUAUUUUUUUGGGGAAGGGGUCACCUGGCACUCAUGCUGUAGCCUUUUCAGAACCACGCAAAGACCUUUUAGUUUUCCCAGAUAUAUGGUUCCAAGAUUAACUGAUCUGUGGCUGCCUUUAUUUGAAACUUAAUUUUGUUAUAUGUUUCUGUUUUUUAUAUGGCUGGUUGUUUUCUCUACAGAUUUGGUGUAAGCCACCUUGGAAUAUUGUGUUUUACAGGCAGCGUUAGAAAAUGUAUUAAUGCAUAAAAUGAAGAUUUAAAAAAUGAAAAUUAAUUGGUACACACAGAUGCAUGCCAGUAGCCCGAGGAAAGCCCUGAAAUAUACAUUCUGGAUUCUAAGUCAGUCCUACUGCCAUUAUUUAAUUAAAAUUGGGUGUGAUCCAGGCCCAGUCACUAUGCCAGCUCCAGGCUAGUUUAGUCUGCAACAGGCUUUUUCUGGCUCCUCCACCUUCCACCCCAGCUGGCAUCAGCAAUGGGGCUACAGAUGUGGCAGUGGCUCCAGCACUCUUAUCAUGCCUUGCCAGGGUUUGGUUUGCUCUGCCAUUUCUCACUGCAGAGCACUGUGGAGGGGCCAGUUUGGAAGGAGAAACAAAUGGGGUGGGAAUGUGGGGAAAUGGGACUCAGUGAAAGCUUUAAGCAACAUUUCUCGCUUCAAUAAAGGAAAGGGGUAGAGGAUUUCUUUUUAAAGUUUUCUCUCUUCUCUCCCACUCCACAGCUGCAUUCCUUACAUUUCUCUCUUUUAGCAUUACUUGAAUAGGGACAGUCCUGCCUGUAUGUGUGCAUUUCAGCUAAGGAAUAUUUUAAGUCAGUAUUCAAAAAACGUGAAUGUUGGUACACACCCACACACCUGCCCCAGAUCAUUUGAAGAGGCCAUUAAUUUCCAACACAAAUCAUAUUUUUGCAACAAAUACGUAUGUAAUGUUUGUAGUAUAUGUUAUAGCAUUGAGUGCUUCUAAGCCUCCUAAUGUUCAUCGGUUAAAAGCACAGAAAACCCAUUAACAUUGCAAAGGCAGGGAUUGCCCAUUCCAUCUAGUACAGUAGGACAGUGUAUCCUCUUGUCACUCUUUAAAUCUUAUUUCUAGACCAUUAAUUCCUUCUAAGACACUUCAAAAUGAUUAUAUGCAUCUUGAAGCAGAGGGGGAAUGUAAGCUAUGAUUAUGAAUAUAUGAUGAAUAUUUGAUGAUUGAUCUUCAUCACAUAAUCGGGAGUAAAAUUCAAAUCCUCAAAAAGACGUUUAAUAAUAUUUUAAACUACAGAGGGCUUGAUUAAAUGUGCCAUGGGAUUACAGUGAAAUUGAAAGGUGGCCAGGGGCAAAAUUAAAAGACUUCAAAGGACCAUUUUUAAACACCCACCCGCAAAGUACUACAGUCUAAUGAAGAUUUUUAAAACUGAUUAAUUGGGUAUUUCCCUAUCAUUUGGUGAAAAUUCUUUUCAUCUACAAACAGCUUCAUCUCCUAAAACCACUAUCCAGGAUAUAUUCACAUCCACCCAGCAAAUGAGAUCUGCAUGUACUACUUAUGAUGUGAAUGUACACUGCAGUGUUCAUCCGCCCUCUGCUGAACUUGACAGACGCAAGCAAUGUAGAUGGGGGGUGGUCAUGCUGGUCUGGGACCACUAACCACAUGUAGUCAUGUGCUACUAGAGCUGCAUUCAGUCUGUUGGCUCUGCUACAAAUACCUUGAUGUGCAUAACUCUCUAUGCUCAGUGGGGUACCAAGUUAUCCAUAUUGCUUUGGAGGGAACAGGGAAACGACCAUGAAAGCUCUGUGUGUAUACACCUCAGAACUACCAAUAAUGCAUGAACUCAUUAGAUUUGGGUGAUCCAUUGCAAUACAAUGUAAUACCUGUAAUUCAAUGAGAUGUGAUAGUACAGCCUUCUGUUAUGUUGUGAAGAGUGUGUGAAAAGUGCACCAAUGCAGUCCAUGCUAUUGAAGCAUAGGCACUGUGGUUCCUUGGAUCAUACAUUUGUGGAAUAAGGUAGCUGUUUUUAGCACGAAGCCAUCAACUGUAACUAUUACAUGGAACGAAAAGAAGUCCUACUGAUUUUGAUGGAACAUUAGGUUGGGAGUUUCACGCUAAAAUUCUAAGCACGACACUCAGAAUUAUGGGCAAACACGGAAGUUCCAUGUCAAGCACUUCCCUUCCUCUCCAUGAUAGCUAGUACAACAUGCCUAGAGGUCCUGACAUCAUUACACAGUGCAUGUCCCUACCAGGAGCAGACAAUACUGUUGAAUAGUAACAGGGAAAUGCAUUGUACUAGGGUUAGGGCAUGAGAAAAGUUGUACAAAUGCGGAACAAGGCAGUUUGGCAUGGGGCUGCUAUUUUCAGUGGCAACCCAAAAUUUCUUAUAAUGUUUAGUUCUGCCCAGUAGUGGUUGGCAUGGUAAGGUGGAGUUGCUUACUUGACCUGUCAGGUGAGUCACUGCUACUUACCAGAAGGGGGAGCAGAAAGGUUUAUGAAGUGCAAACACAGCAGCUGAGCCAAUCCGAUGCUCCUGCUGCUUUGUUUGCACUGUGCCACCCUCCUCCUGGUAAGCAGCAGUGACUCACCUGUCAGGAGGUGAGCUAAGUAUCUCUGCUCCACCAUGCUGUCUAGUACUGGUUCUGUACCAUAAAUUGAUUUUGUUGUUUGUAAGUCGCAACAGCAUGAUCUACAUACCUACCCAGAAAUAAGGUCCUUGGUAACUUCCAGGUAAGUGGGUAUUACUGGGUUCCAUCUUAGGGGUUGAAUCAAUGGUGCUGAUCUUGAAACAUGGAAUAAAAUGUAUCCCGGAGCAGGUUCCAAGCACCACUGAAGUAGCAGGCUGUUUUUAAGAGGAUUGCAGGCAGCAUUUCUUCGUUUCUCAGAAAAGCUCAAAAGAACUGUUGACAAAGUGCCAAUUAAGCAGCUGUAGCUUGUGUAUCAAGAGACAAGUAUUUUUUCUCUAUAGCACAAAAUCAGUAUAGAUGACUUAUGUGUUUACUACAGACAAUGCCAGCAUGGGUUUAUUGUUUGCUGUCUGGGGGCCUUUCAAGAUGACCAAAUAAAAUAAAACGGAAGUACAGUGCAAUCCGAUAUAUUUCUACACAGAAGCCAGUCCUGUUGGAGUUGCCCACUCUGGUAUAAAACUUAAAUAAUUUUAAAAGAUCACAAAGGAGUUAGAAGAUUGGGAUGUUGUUCCAAGUGUUGUUUUAGAACACAGGCAUUAUCCAAUAAACACUUCUUAUAAUGACCACCUUCUGCUGGGCAGUACUUGUUAUUGCGACAGGUGUAGUUUGAUUGCUGGAAAAAAUGUAAGCCAGUAAUCACACAUCUACUGCAAAUGUUUGUUCUUUCCCUGAUAAAAGACAGACGUGUCAAAAUUAAUAUAUUAAAUUGUACCAGCAAAUCAAAUGAGCGCAAAUCUGAUGAAACCUCUCUCAUCUACCUAAAGGUAAAGGACCCCUGACAGUUAAGUCUCCCGUUGCUCAGUCCCAAGCUCCUGCUAACCACUCAUCUACCUACCUACCUAUUUAUCAUUUCUUUUAGAUUUAUACUGUGGCAUGGCAUCAUAUAUGCUGUAGACAAGGUCUUAGGUGAUCUAUAUGCGAGUUUAUAUCUGGAAUUGUGAAAAUAAAAUCUCAACAAUUCCUCUUUAUAUGUUAAUUUAAGAGAUAACUACGCUCAUGACAAGUUGGGAUAUAGCUUUUUUGUUGUGGAAAGGAUGCCCUUUUGGUGGAUCUGCCUUGUUGCGAGGAAGUUUUAGAAAAAGAUCAAGGUAGCAAUUAAAAAGGACAACAGAAAUGGAGCAUGUAAAAGAAUGAUAGAGCAUUCUUUGAACCAUGUAAUUCUUUUUCUAUGGAUACAGAAGAGAUCUUCAAACUGUUAUGAACUCGUUUUAUGUAUGAUUGAAGUUAUGCAAAACAUUGCAGAAUCCCUAUCCACCCCUUUAAGAGUGGAAUGAGAAAAUGAAUGCUUUGAAUAUGCCUUCAUGUCACAGCUUACAAAUUAUAUGACAGCGAAGAAAGGGAAACAGCUGGAAAUUUUGCUUAUAUAAUUGGAAAACUUUUAUUAAAUAUUGACAGAACAACUGAAGUGCAGUAUACCCAUGUUCAAUGCACAUGAAGUGCAGUCUUAUAGGAUAUACAAUGCAUGCCUAUUCAUAAGUCCCAUUGAGUUCAAUGAGUUAAUUAAUUAAUUAAAUUUAUAUACUGCCCUUCUAAGAAUCACAAGGCAGUUUACAGUAUAAAAACAGAGAAAUGCAUAACACAAACAUGGAAUCUAGUCCAGUCCCCUGCAAUGCAGGAAUAUGCAGCUGUUUCAUACGGGGAUCAAACCUGCAACCUUAGCAUUAUCAGCACCACACUCUAACCAACUGAGCUAUCCAGGCCAUAAUAGCAAACAAAACAAUAACCCCCUCUCUAGUUUCAAUAGCCAUAGAUAAUUUGAUUAGCCUAAGGCCUGGGAGAAGAGGAAUGUUUUCACCUGGCACCUAAAGAUAUGUAAUUAAGGUGCGAGGUGAACCUCCCAUUCCUGUGCUUGUGAAUGUUCUGUUUUUAAUGUAACCAUAGGAACAUGUCAAAAAAACUGGCCAUCCACAUGUGGGACUACAACUGCCCUCAUCUCUGACCGUUGGCAUGAUAUAAAGGAUAGUACCUAGAGGACCACAGACUCCCCAUCCCUGUUUUAUUCAAAAGCUCAGUAUUGUUUAAUUUGAACCAAUAAAAUAUAGAUAGCCAUCUUUUUUUGUUUACUACACAUAUAUAUGAGUAGAUUUG